AUGGCAAUGCUGGAGACUAACCUUGCAGAGGAGGCUAGGCUCAAGACAAGGAGCCAGGCAAGUGGUACUGGUCAUGCUGGUGACCGGAAGAGGAAGAGAGACUCAACUGAUGAGGGCAAGACCUCAGGUGGAAGGCCGGAGUGCCAAAAGUGUGGAAGGCGCCAUGGUGGUGAGUGCUGGAGAGCUAUGGGAGCUUGCACAAGGUGUGGUGAGAUGGACCACUCAGUCCGGGACUGUCCUGGACCAGAUCAGGGGCGUGGCCAAGCGGCCGGUGGAGAUUCCAGGACCUGUUUCCAGUGUGGGAAGGCCGGGCACUUCCGAAAGGACUGCCCAAAGCUUCAGGCUGGAUCAGGAAGGAUGAAGUCUGAGGUUAGUAAGCCUGAACCAAGUCGUGGCCAGACUUCUACACCAAGGGUCUAUGAGUUGUCUAAGGACACUGAUGAGGCCAAGCCUUUCAUGGGGAUCACUGGUAAUGAUCUGAUCUUAUUCUUUUAA